AGACAAUCGAGCUCCGUCCGAAGGGCUUAAACUGAGGUAUAUUCCACCAACUAGUGAUAUUCUUGAUUUUUCAGACCGUGUGCUACCUUCAAUGGUGGAUAUCUUUGGCUACUGUCUGGUGGGCUUUUUCACGGGAAGGUUUCCUGGUUUAAAGGCAACCUAUAGCCUUACAAAAAAAUGGGGAGUACAUUGUGAAGUCAAACCACAUGAUAAGGGCUGGGUUGUUUUUAAAUUCAAGAGUGAAGCUGAUAGGACUAAGGUUAUGAUUGAGGGGCCUUAUAUUCUCUAUGGGAAGCUACUGGUUCUGAAGGUUCUGUCUGAUGAUUUUUCCUUUGAAGAUGAUGAGUUCUUGAAGGUGCCGAUUUGGAUAAAAUUCCCUAAGCUCCCUGUGAGGUUGUGGAAUGAGGAUACUAUUAGCGAAGUUGCUUCUAAGGUUGGAGUUCCUCUCACCACGGAUAGGAUAACGCUUGAAAAGGCAAACCACAACUACGCGAGAGUAUUAAUUGAAGUGGACGUGACAAAGCCACCUCCCCUCUCAUUCCCAAUCAAGAUGGCGUCAGGAAGGAUUUUUGAGCAGCGGGUUCUCUAUGAAACGUUUCCGAACUACUGUUUCCAUUGCAAACAAUACGGGCACCAUCCCUUCAUUUGCAAGGAACUAGAAGCAAAAGAAAAGGUUGAAAUCGACGAACCAGAGAAGGCUGAGACUAUAAUAAUAGCUACAACGAAGGCUACUGAGGCUACGAAGGCCAUUGUUGGGACUGUGGACCCGGAAGGGGAAUUUGUGGAAGUACGUAGGCGGGACGGAAAGAAGAUUGCAAAACCGGUGAUACCUCAAACCCAGGUUGCCGCUGCUGUAAUUGUUGAUGCGAUUGAACCUACUGGAACUACGGUUUUAGAAACUAUUGUUCUGGAUGUCGCUGAUACGCCAAGUAUUACUACGGCUGGUGGAAUUGGGAAAACUAAGGCUACUAUGGAGGGGGGAAAACCGGCUGCUGGCCUACUGGAAAUUGAAGAACAGGCUGCGGGCUUACUGGCAGAACCUCCUGCGGCUGAAGUGCAGGGACUGCAGCCACCCAUUGCUUUGAAAGCGGCUGCUCAAAUGGAGGUACUGCCCCCACAGCAAAGGACGGAUAAGGAGGAUACAAUUCCUGAACAAUCUGGUACUAAACCUUGGGAACCAUUCAUAGUUGAGGAUGUUGAAAUAACUUGUAGAAAUGGGAAGAAAAGUACUAUUCGAUUUAUGAGACCCAACAAAUGAGCUGGGGUAGUUCAUUGUUUCUGGCCUGACUGAGUUCACUGUAUUGGUGCUCAGACUUUGUUUUUCUUUUGAGGUUUCUGUCUUUGUGGCUGGACUAACGGAGAUUUUGUGAAGAUUUAUAUUUAGGUUAGAUUAGUCUAACUUAGAUAGUUAUCUUGAUCAGAACUUGACACAUUGUAAAAUGUUAUUUUUGGGUGUUUUAUAUAUACUUACAUUCCAUCCAAAAAAAA